CGCCUGCCACUCUAGCACUGCAGCAAUGCGCGCCGCAGCCAGUGCGGGCUCCAGCGGAGCCGCCGGAGCAGCAACGGAUGCCAGCGGACGCCCCACGCGCGGCGCUCCCGCCCAGUCGCCCUGGCUCUUCGACCGGCAGACGGUCGAGAAUGCGCCGUCGCGCAGCUGGUUUCUGCAGCGCGCCAACGGAGACGAGGUGCAGGCGAGAAAGAAGGAGGAGGAGUACCGGAUCGGCUCUUGCCAGUUCAUCCAGGACUCGGGCCGGGCCCUGAGAAUGCCGCAGCUGACGAUCGCGACCGCGCUCGUCUUUUACCACCGCUUCUACGCCUUCAAGUCGUACGAGCACCACGAGCGCUUUGUCCUCUCGACGACGGCGCUCUUCCUGGCGUCAAAGGUGGAGGAGACGCCGCGCAAGCUCAAGGACGUGGUUGGGGAGGCGCUCAAGAACUGGAACAAGCACGUCAAGGACUACCGCGUCCCCGAGCCCGAGUCUCGCGAGGUGCACGAGCUCAAGGAGAAGGUGCUCGUCACCGAGCGGAUUCUGCUGCAAACCAUCGGGUUUGAUCUCUCCAUCGAGCACCCGUACCGGCCGCUGCUCGCCUACGUCAAGUCGAUCACGGGGACGCGCGACCUGGCGCAGAUUGCGUGGAACUUCAUCAACGACUCGUACCGCACCACCGCAUGCCUGCAGUACUCGCCGCGGUUCGUGGCCGCCGCGGCGCUCACCCUGGCUGCCGACCGACUGACUCGGCAAGGCAAGGCGGUGCAGCUUCCGAAUCUGCACAAGUCGUUCGAGGUGGGCGCCACCGCCGCCGCCGCCGCCCCCCUCGGCGCGGGUCUUGCAGCUCUGCGGGUGUCCGCAGCUCUGCAGUGUCCCCUUCACUACAGGUGCACGAGGACGGGGUCCACGCGACCAUGCGUCUCCUGCGCGUCAUCUACGACGAUAAGCGCAAGGGCGGGGGCGGCGAGUCGGGCGCCGCAAACGCGGCCGCCGCCGCCAAGGCGGAGGCUCCCGCAGCAGUCAAGACGGAGGCUCCGGCCGCGGCGGCCGCGCCCGCAGCAACUGCCCCUGCAGCUGCCCCUGCGGCGGCGCACGCGCGAACAGAGCAAGCAGCAGCCCCUGCAGAGCCGCGGCAGGCGGGGAGGCAGCCGGUGGAGGCGGGCGGCGCCGCGGCGGCGGUCAAGACGGAGGCUCCCGCUGCGGCGCCCGCCGUCGCCAACGGGGCGGUCGGAGAGAAGAGACCGUACGCGCAUCUCGUGUCAUGACAGCAAGCCGAAACGCGUCCCACUAGCGCUCUCUGGAGUGCGGCCCGGGCCCCUCCUUGUGUAUUGGUUAUGUGCCAAACCGCGGGCGUGUGUGUCAGUGUUGGUGUGUGUGUGUUCCGGCGCGCAGGCGGAGGCGCAACUGUGCGGUCGCGCAUGGUUGUACGCGCGACGCCUGGUACGUUUUUGACAUCAA